GAGAGUGACUAUCAACCCAGUGCGUGUAGUGUGUGUGAGAGAGAGAGAAGGAGAGAGGAAAGCGUUGUUGCUGCUCUUUUCUCUCUCUACAUAUGUCUCUGUAAUGUGUGUAUCGUGUAUGAUGUACAUAUCAUGAUGUCGCGUCGUCCCUCUCACGCGGACUUUCAGAGAUCAUUCACAUCAUCACCAUAAGAAGAAGAGACGACGAAACAUCAAUUCCCGCAUCUCUUCCUCCUUUCUCUCUCUAACUAUCUUCCCCAUUUCUUGAAAUACCCUAAAUCGAUCUUGUCUUUGGUUAUCACCCUUUUGUUUUCUGCUUAAACCCUCGAUUCCUCAACAUUUUUGCGACAGACCCACGUACUCGCCGUCAAAGAUCAUAGCUCGAAUUUUGAAUCAGAAAGAUGCAGAAUUCAUCAUUUUACUCACAGAUCAACGCACAAGCACAGCAGCCGCAGUUCCCAGAGCACGAGCAGUUGAAAUGCCCUAGGUGUGACUCCACCGACACCAAAUUCUGUUACUACAACAACUACAACCUCUCUCAGCCGCGCCACUUCUGCAAGAGCUGCAGAAGGUACUGGACCAAGGGCGGCACGUUGAGGAAUAUCCCCGUCGGCGGUGGCUCAAGGAAGAACGCCAAGCGUGGCUCCUCCUCAUCCUCCGCUGCCGCCAAACGGCCCGCCGCAUCCGCAUCGGCAUCAGUAUCAGUAUCAGCACCUAACAAUAGCAAGAAUGACAGUGGGAACAACGGCGGCGAAAUGAUUGAAACAUCGCCUCUGAAGGGAGACGAUUUCGGGGGGCAGUUGGGGAAUUUCGUAGAGGUGAGUGGGAGUUUCAGCUCACUGCUGCUGGCGUCAGGUGGUGGGCACUUUAGUAAUUUGCUUGAUGGACUAAGCCCGAGCGGCUCGGGUUUGGAGCAUUUUGGCGACCGGGGUUCGGGGCAGAAUGUGGGUCCACAAGUCGGGUUAGACUUAGAGAGUGGUGGAAGCAGUAAUGCUGAUGAAUUCUUGAACAUUCAGAGUGGUGGAGGCGGUGAUGAUGAUGGUGGUUGGGGUGGCAGCAGCAACGCUUGGCCUGAUCUUGCUAUUUACACACCUUCCUCAAAUUUUCAGUAGCAUCAAGGAACUUACCUGGACGGGGAGUAUGGAGGAUGAACAAGGCUCAUGGCAUUGGUUGGCCAGCUUAGGAUUUAGGAAGGGCGCUCGUCUACUCUACAUCAUGAUUUGUAGUAAAGGAGGCCUGUGUUCUCGCGGCCUCACUAAAACACAUUAACUAUUUUAGGACAUUCGCCCGCUCCUGCACCUUCAGCAAUGCCGAUAACAUGCCAAUUACAUCAACUUGGAGAGGGAUGUUCAUAAUUCGGUUUCCCAACCAAAUCGAUUCUUUGGUUCAUACCCACAACCUAAGUGAUUCUGUUAUUUUAUUAAACAAUUGAUCCGUAUGAUUAUCCGUAUUCGGUUAAUCAUAUCGAAUCGAACAAUUACAUUAUUUUUUAUUAAUUAUAUUAAAAAUGUAUAAUAUAUUAUUAUAUAUAA